UUGUAUGUAGUUUGUAGUUGUAGCACCCACAAAUCAUAAAAGCAUCAACAGAUCAUAACAAUGGCAAUCGUAUCCAUUCUUUGAUACAAUUCCCAUUUCACUACUUCAUCAUCCAUCCACCCCUUUUGCUCAAAACCCUAGGUCAUUUGGCGGAUUGGGUCCCAGAUAAAGAUAAAGCAUCCUCAAACCCUUCUUUGAUUCCCAUUUCCCAAUUCUUUUUCUUGGUAACUUUUUAUAUUAUUUUCGUUUCAGCAAAAGAACUGCUGCUGUAAAUCUUUCAUCUCUUUCUCUCUCUCUCUCUCUCUCUCUCUGUGGUUGUGUGUGUGUCUUUACCAAAUCUGUAACCUGUCAGCUUCUGCUCCAGAACUCAUUACUAUAUGUAAAUAUGUCGUAACCAGACACAGGCACACGUACUUAUACAGAUCGAAUGUUAAUUAGGGGAAAAGGGGUUGUGAAGAACUUAAGGUAUUAGUCAUAAUCAGGUGGAUGUAAUCAGAGCUUUUAAGAAUUGAGAUUACGAUUGAGGAGUAGGAGAAAGGGAUUUCUUGAUUGAUUGGGUGAAAAUGGCGUCGGAGCAGAACAGAUUUCUGCAGCAACAACAACCUGCGUCUUCCCGGAGGAAGAGAUGGAGAGGAUGCUUAAGCGGUUUAUCUUGUUUUGGUUUGCAAAAAGGUGGAAAGCGUGUUGUACCUGCAUCUCGUAUGCCAGAAACCCAUGCAACUGCAAACCAACAAAAUGGACCUCAAGCCGUCGGGUUAACCAAUCAGAAUAAUGCAGUACACCCGUCGCUUUUAGCUCCACCAUCUUCACCUGCAUCCUUCUCUAAUUCUGCACUUCAAUCUACAGUCCAGUCACCAAACUGUUUCCUGUCUGCAAACUCACCCGGAGGUCCUUCUUCCACCAUGUUUGCCACAGGCCCAUAUGCCCAUGAAACCCAACUUGUAUCUCCCCCCGUUUUCUCAACUUUCACCACCGAGCCAUCCACAGCUCCUCUUACACCGCCACCGGAGCUGGCUCAUCUCACCACCCCCUCUUCCCCUGAUGUGCCUUAUGCACAGUUCCUUUCGUCUACUUUGAAUCUUAAAGGCGGAGUUAAGACGAAUUACAUGGCUGCAAAUGAUCUUCAAGCAACGUAUUCCCUGUACCCUGGAAGUCCAGCCAGUACUCUUAGAUCACCAAUUUCUAGAGCAUCAGGAGAAGGGCUAUCAUCGUCUUUCCCUGAAAGAGAUUUCAGCCCGCAAUGGAAUCCUUCAACACCUAAGGAGAAAGGGUCGGAUUCAGGCAGGCUUUUGGGGAUUGAUACGGAUGGUGGGUCGAAGCCACAAGAUGCCAAUUUCUUCUGCCCUGAAACAUUUGCACAAUUCUAUCUGGAUCAGUCUUCAUUUCCUCAUUCUGGUGGGAGGUUGAGUGUUUCUAAGGAAUCAGAUGUAUACUCUAAUGCUGGGAAUGGGGUUCAGAGCAGGCAGAGUAAAGCAUGCAAGCAAGAUAUUGAGGAAUUAGAAGCUUAUAGAGCAUCAUUUGGGUUCAGUGCUGAUGAAAUUGUGUCCACAGCUCAUUAUGUAGAGAUCUCUGAUGUUAUGGAUGACUCAUUUUCUAUGAUGCCUUCUGGGUCCAGUAAGACUCAAAAUGAAGCAAACAUAGGCAAAACACAAAAGAAGGAAACAAACCCGAAAAAUUGUAGAGUGGAAGCAACUCAUUCUAGCAAGGGGGAGCACAAAGGACUGCUGAGUUCAUGCAAUGAUAUAAUAGGUGUUGAGCAUUGCUUGACGGAUGAUGAAGAGAUAUUCUCGAAGAUGGGGGGUUCGAGAAUGUACGGGCAAUCAAACUCUGAUGCAGAAGUCGAGUAUAGAAGAGGGAGAAGCUUGAGAGAAAGCAGAGGCUCGAAAUGGCCAUGAGUAGAGAGCGGAGAAUUCAAUUGAAUUGAAUUGCAUCCUGUAUGUAUUAAAAUGUAAUGUAAUGUAAUGUAAUGUGGUUGGUAUCAUCUUCUUGUUGUUGAAAGGCAGGCAGAGUGAAGUGAUGGAUGGUUGGUUGUGUUGUCUAUUAAGAAUGAAUGUUGUUGUUUUUGUGGUGUAACUAUUAUAUUAUGUAUCUGGUGAAGAAUGUGCAUUUGGUCUUCUUUGUUCAU